AUGGGGAAACAGAGGCCCGGAGAGGUUCGAGGGUGUAAAACCUGUCGCUUUGUCUUUCAGGACAAACACCAUGAUGCUGCUCACGAGAUCAUCGAGACCAUCCGGUGGGUCUGCGAGGAGAUCCCGGACCUCAAGCUCGCCAUGGAGAACUACGUUUUAAUCGACUACGACACCAAAAGCUUCGAAAGCAUGCAGAGGCUCUGUGACAAGUACAACCGCGCCAUCGACAGCAUCCACCAGCUGUGGAAGGGGACCACGCAGCCCAUGAAACUGAACACCCGGCCGUCCAAUGGGCUCCUGCGGCACAUCCUGCAGCAGGUGUAUAACCACUCGGUGACGGACCCCGAGAAGCUCAACAACUACGAGCCCUUCUCCCCGGAGGUGUACGGGGAGACCUCGUUCGACCUGGUCGCACAGAUGAUCGACGAGAUCAAGAUGACCGAGGACGACCUGUUUGUGGACCUGGGCAGCGGAGUGGGCCAGGUCGUCCUGCAGGUCGCUGCGGCCACCAGCUGCAAGCAUCACUAUGGCGUGGAGAAAGCUGACAUCCCAGCCAAGUACGCGGAGACCAUGGACCGAGAGUUCAGGAAGUGGAUGAAAUGGUAUGGAAAAAAGCAUGCAGAAUACACACUGGAAAGAGGCGACUUCCUCUCGGAGGAGUGGAGAGAGCGGAUCGCCAACACGAGUGUUAUAUUUGUGAAUAACUUUGCCUUUGGUCCUGAGGUGGAUCACCAGCUGAAGGAGCGGUUUGCGAACAUGAAGGAAGGCGGCAGAAUUGUGUCCUCGAAGCCCUUUGCGCCUCUGAACUUUAGAAUCAACAGCAGAAACUUGAGCGACAUCGGCACCAUCAUGCGCGUGGUGGAGCUGUCGCCCCUCAAGGGCUCGGUGUCCUGGACGGGGAGGCCGGUGUCCUACUACCUGCACACCAUCGACCGCACCAUACUUGAAAACUAUUUUUCUAGUCUGAAAAAUCCAAAACUCAGGGAGGAACAAGAGGCAGCUCGGCGCCGGCAGCAGCGAGAAAACAAGAGCAACACGACCACUCCCACCAAGGUGCCCGAGAGCAAGGCCACCGUGCCCGCGGACACCCCGAUGGAUUCCGGUGCCGAGGAGGAGAAAGCUGGGGCGACCACCAUCAAAAAGCCGUCCCCCUCCAAGGCCCGGAAGAAGAAGCUGAACAAGAAGGGGCGAAAGAUGGCCGGCCGGAAGCGCGGGCGCCCCAAGAAAAUGAGCGCUGCGAACCCCGAGCGCAAGCCCAAGAAGCACCAGACUGCGCUGGGCCUCCUGCACGGCUCCUCGUCGCAGACGGCGGCACCAUCGCCGCAGGACGCGUACAAGUCACCUCAUAGCCCGUUUUACCCGCUACCUCCCAGCGUGCAGCGGCACGCCCCCGACCGACCGCUGCUGGCAGCCACCCCGCCCGCGCUGCAGAAGCUGCUAGAAUCCUUCAAGGUCCAGUACUUGCAGUUCCUGGCGUACACCAAGACCGCCCAGUACAAGGCCGGCCUGCAGCAGCUGCUGGACCAGGAGAAGGAGAAGAACGCCCGGCUGCUGGGUGCCGCACAGCAGCUGUUUGGCCACUGCCAGGCCCAGAAAGAGGAGAUCAAGAGGCUUUUCCAGCAGAAACUGGAUGAGCUGGGGGUGAAGGCGUUGACCUACGGCGACCUGAUUCAGGCACAGAAGGAGAUCUCAGCUCACAACCAGCAGCUGAGGGAGCAGACGGAGCAGCUGCAGAAGGACAACCGGGAGCUGAGGAGCCAGAGCCUGCAGCUGCUCAAGGCCCGGUGUGAGGAGCUGAAGCUGGACUGGUCCACGCUGUCCCUGGAGAACCUGCUGAAGGAGAAGCAGGCCCUGAGGAGCCAGAUCUCCGAGAAGCAGAGGCACUGUCUGGAGCUGCAGAUCAGCAUCGUGGAGCUGGAGAAGAGCCAGCGGCAGCAGGAGCUCCUGCAGCUCAAGUCCUGCGUGCCGCCUGACGACGCCCUGCCGGCGCACCUGCGUGGGAAAGGCGCCCUGGGCCGGGAGCCGGAAGCCGAGCCCGGCCGGCCGCACCUCGACCUGGACGGCUCCAGGUUCUCUCUGCCCCGCUUCAGCGCAAGCCCAGAACUCUCCGUGAACGGGCACGCAGCCGGCCACGAGCUCUGCGGCGCUCCGAGCCGGCCCUCGUCCAAGCAGAGCACCCCCCAGUACCUGGCCUCCCCGCUGGACCAGGAGGUUGUGCCCUGCACCCCCAGCCACGGUGGCCGGCUGAGGCCCGAGAAGACGGCCGGCCUGGCCCUGCCCGACUACACCAGGCUCUCCCCGGCCAAGCUGGUGCUGCGGCGUCACCUGAGCCAGGACCACGCCGCCGGUGGCAAAUUGGCCUCUGGCGAGCUGCACCCGCGAGCUGAGCAUGCCAAGGAGAAUGGCCUCGCGUACCAGAGCCCGGGUAUCAAGCUGAGCCCUCAGGAUCCUCGUCCCCCCUCCCCCAUGGCCUUACCGAUGACAGGGGAGAGGGCCAGCGAGAAGGGCUUGAAGGAGCGCGCCUACGCCAGCAGUGGGGAGGCCAUCACCAGCCUGCCCGUCAGCAUCCCGCUCAGCACCGUGCAGCCCAGCAAGCUGCCUGUCAGCAUCCCCCUGGCCAGCGUGGUGCUGCCCAGCCGCGUGGAGAAGGCGAGAAGCACCCCCAGCCCCGUGCCGCAGACCCGCGAGUCCUCGUCCACACUUGAGAAGCAGGCGGGCACCAGUGCACACGGCGCUGGCAGCAAAGGCCUCGCCCCAGCUCCUGCAGGCUUCUACGCAGGUGCAGUGGCCGUCAGCCCGGCCCCCCUGGCCCCCGGAUCCGAGCCUGGGGCCUUUGACGAGGUCCCCGGCUCGGGCGGCCUGUUCGCCAGCAUGGGCCCCUGCAGCUCCACCCCGCAGCCCCCGCCCCUGCUGCCGCAGCCCCGUGGCUCCGGCGCCGCCUCACCGACCCACCCGCUCUGCGCCAGCCCCCGGCUCGGCAGUGCCACCCAGGGCCCGCUCCCUGAUGCCAGCAAAGGGGACCUUCCGUCCGAGGCCGGCUUCUCAGACCCCGAGGGCGAAGCCAAGCGGAGGAUUGUCUUCACCAUCUCGGCUGGUGUUGGUGGUGCCAAACAGUCCCCUCCCAGCAAGCCCAGCCCCCUGCCCAUGGGCAGCCGCGGGGAUGGCAGCCAGGGCCACGGACAGGACGGCCGCAAGCGGGGCAGGAGGAAGCGGGCGGCGGCUGGGACCGCCAGCCUGGGCUCAGGUGUGUCGCCCAAGCGCCGGGCCCUGCCGUCCGUCGCCGGCCUCUUUACGCAGUCUUCAGGGUCUCCUCUGAACCUCAACUCCAUGGUCAGCAACAUUAACCAGCCUUUGGAAAUCACGGCCAUUUCAUCCCCCGAGAGCCUGAAGAGCUCCCCGGCCCCCUACCAGGACAGCGACCAGCCCCCCAUCCUCAAGAAGGAGAAGCCCCUGAGCCAGGCUGACGGGGCCCGCUGCUCCCCACUGACCUCAGACGAGGAGCAGGGCUCCGAGGACGAGCCGGGCAGCGCCAGGAUUGAGAGAAAAAUUGCCACCAUCUCCUUAGAAAGCAGAUCUCCUCCGAAAGCCUUGGAAAACGGUGGUGGCCUGGCUGGGAGGAAGCCGGCCCCGGCCAGCGAGCCUGCCACCAGCAGCAAGUGGAAGUCCACCUUCUCGCCCAUCUCCGACCUCAGCCUGGCCAAGUGCACCGACAGCCCGCUACAGGCCGCCUCCGCCCCGGGCCAGGGCUCCCUGUUCACCUUCCGGCCCCCGCUGGAGGAGUCCGGCCCGGCCGACGCCAAGCUGGCCGCGCACCCCAGGAAGAGUUUCCCCAGCGCCCUGUCCGGGGCAGGCGGGCUGAGCCCAAGCAGCAACCCUCCCAACGGCUUCGCCUUCAGCGGGAGCUUGGCCGCCGACCUCAGUUUACACGGCUUCAGCGAUGGUGCUUCUCUCCCCCACAAGGGCCCCGAGGCAGCAGGCCUGGGCGCCCCCCUGAGCUUUCCCGCCCCCCGGGGCAAGGACGGCACUGCGGAGCCCGGCCCCUUUGUGAACAAGAGGCAGCUGGACGGAGCAGGCGGCCCCAAGGGCAGGGAGGCAGGCGAGCCGGGCCCCCCGGCGUGUGGGCCCCCCGACAAGGCCCCGCUGGCGCACGGCAAGCCGGGCAAGGGCCGGGACCGUGAGCCCGACCUGAAGAACGGCCACAACCUCUUCAUUUCUGCCGCCGCCGUGCCCCCCGGGGGCCUCCUCAGCGGCCCCGCUGCGGCCGCUACCUGCCCCCCGUUGAAGCUGAGUUUUUCUCUCCUGUUUGCAGGUGUCUUUAACCACGCGGUGCCUUCCGCCUCCGCUCAUCCGUUUGGAGCCAGUUUCGGCAGCGGGGCUGCGUGUCGCAGCGCCACGCUGAGCUUAACCCCGCUGCAGGCGGUGGCCGGCGCCCCGCCCCCGGCCCCUCCGGGGCAGCCACCCCUCCCCGCGCCCCCUCCCCCUAACGCCGCCUUGCCUCCCAGCCCCGCGCUGCUCCCUGCUAACCCCGAGCCCACGCUUCUGCAGCGCCUCGCGUCCCUCCCGGCUAACCAGGCUUUCUUGCCCGCCGCCCCUGCCGCCUCUCUGCAGCCUGCUAACGCCUCUCUGUCCCUCAAGCUCGCCUCCCUCCCGCACAAGGCCCCCCGCCCCUCCUUCACGGUGCACCACCAGCCCCUGCCCGGGCUGGCGCUGGCCCAGGCGGCGCCCGUGAUCCCGCAGGCCAGCUCCGCGGGGCCGUCGGCCGUGUGGGUUUCCCUUGGCAUGCCGCCUCCGUGUGCCGCGCGCCUCGCGGGGGUUGAGCCGCGAUAAAGGCCUUGCUUAGCUAGCGGUUCGUAUUCUGUAAGGUAACUAGGAUUCUACCUCAACCGUGAGACCUAUGCACGCACGGGCUGGGCCGGCGGCGCGGCAGCGGCCCCGGGACGGCAGGACAGACGGAGGACGGGACGAGGCUCUACUGUGAAUCAGCGCUGCGCACACCUGCAGGGGGCGCUGGGGCCCGGCUCCAGCUCGUACUGUUGAUAGUUUUAGAUAAAGUAUUUAUCGUUUUUUAAAAAGUAUAAACACCCUGACUUAUUUUACUCCACCGGAGUCAUAAAGGCGACCUAUUGAGAAAUGUAAAUACGCUAUACGAGAGGAUCUAUGUAAAGACGUCCACCCGAAGGACUGGCCCGCCCGCGGACACGCCGCCUGCCGGUCCCGGUGCUAUCUCGACGCAGGCCUCGCCGCCGCCUCGUCUCUUGGUGCUGACUGGAGGUUGACCAACGCCAAACCCAGGCCUCGAGGCGCCUGCCCUGUUGUCCCCCGCCGCUCUUCCUAUACCAAAGGCAUGGCUGUCUCCAGGCAGGGGGGUGGCCCGCUCUGUUGUGACAUUCCUCAGAAUAAGUCCCCUCCCCAACACUGUGAAUGGCCCCCACCAGACUGCUGGCCCCUCGGUCCUGGGAUCAGCCCCUUUGGCAUAGGAACGGCCAGCGGGCGCGGGAGGGCCAGGUCCUCCCCAGUCCUGCACGGAGCCCGUUCCGAGUGGUGCUCGUGAGGAAGGGCUGGCACCCGACUCCCCGGAGGCGCGGCAGGUGCGUUUCCGCGUGGGCAUCUGUGCCCGUCGUGGGCCCCCGCCGCCAUCCACCAAAGCGCGUAGUAAGCUCACGGCACUUGGCUGGUGACGUGGGGCAGGUUAGUCACGGGUGCCUGGUGUGUGUGUACAGAAGAGAGUCACGCUGAUGAGUGACAGUAUUUUAUAGAGAUGUGAUGAAAAUUUAUAAAUUUCAUAGACUUGACUUCAUUUAUUUUUAGAUUGUAUAAUGCACAGUAAACUAAAAAAGAAGAGGGGGAAAACCUAUUUAUUCAAGUGCACAGUGGCAGGGGCCCAGGGGCCGGCCCUCAGCCCCAGGCUCUGCAGCCCCGGCCAGUCCGCACUGCUGCUCCCGGCCUCCGCCGGCCCCCACCCUGGAGCAGUCUUGAUGGUGCUUGGGAAUGAAUGAAUGCACUGGGGGGCAGGUGACCAAGGCAAAGGCAGGAGAGUUCCGGAUGUUUCCAGAGGUUGCCGGCAGGGUCCAGCAUAGCAAUCUGUGACUGGGUCCCGGUCCCCCAGCUGACCAGUUUUGUGUCUGUACACGGUGUUUAGAAGGGUGCCCCCCACCCCCUGGAAGGGCCAAUUUCAGCCCGGGUCCUGGGAGGGCGGCAGGAUGGGUGAGGAGUCAGAGCCCCGUCCUCAGGUGCUUCAGCCCACCAGGGUACAUGGGCAGCGCGUACGUCUAACUUGUUGCUUGAUAAAGGUCCUGAGCUCCUGCCCGGCAUGGGAGGGUCAGUGUGGUGGGUCAAGGCCGGGCCCGCCUCCUCCUGACCCCUAGGCGUAGACCCCCAGGCAUAGGUCUGGAGCCAGCCUCGCCAGCCUCUCCGGCAGGCGGGGCCUGAGGGCGGGGCGUCUGCCUCCCGCCACCUCAGGAGGGCAGGCCCGUCUGUGGAGGGCAGCUGUCUGGCUGCUGGCCCCGUUUCCGAGGUUGGCUGGACCCCUGCUUUCCACGGGAGGGACCUGCAGGAGCCCUUCUUGCCUGAGGGGGAGGGGGCGCCGCUGGCCCAGAGCAGUGGUUGAGGCAGAAGAUGGUGCUCGUGAUGGGUUCUUGAAAGCCCUGGCCCCUCCCUCUGGGCCGGUGCUCCUGGUGCACGAAGGUGCUGGGCCUCGCCCCCGUGAGGCCCGGCCCUGGCCUUCUGGACGGGGUAGUGUCUGCUCCCACCCCGUCAGGAGCCCAGGGCUCCCCAAAAAGCUACAGGGCGGGCAGCAGAGAGGUCACAGCACAAGUCCCUGGUCUAGAACGGGGCAACCCUGCAUCACUUUGGGCGGCCCCUAGUGACGUGCCAUACCUCCCCUCCUGAUAGAAACAGCGCAUCCGCGAGUGAGCGUCAGCACGCAGUCGCGGCGUUUGGGAUCACCCCAUGGCAGCCCCGCCAUCCCUGGGGAGUCAGGGCAGGGAGUGUCCUUCCUGGGCCCCUCGGCCCUCGUGACCGCAGGGCCAGCCCCCGCUGGCAGCAAGGCCGGCUGCGGGACGGGAGGCAGCGUGGUGGCGCGAGGGGCCCCGGUGCUGCUGCUGACCGCGGGCGAGUUCAGGGAAGGCCGGGGGGCCCCGGGAGUGGCUCUGCUCAGGAAAACCCAGCGAGGAAAGUGGCCCUCCGGGCAGUCGCCCUGUCUCGCAGCUGCAGACUGUGACGUGUGUUAGGCUCGCGCGCCCUUCUUGACCCACACCGCUCGCUCCCUGCCUGCCCUCCACCCCCCCAUCCUCCUUCCGUGGUCCAGCCACGCUGGCUGGUGUCUUGUGUGUUCUCCGGAAUUUGUAACUCAGAUGGGGCUUUGCUUUGUUUCUGGUAGACUGUUUCAGUUGGGGGUGGGCUGCUGGCUUGACCCUCCUCCUGUCCCAAGAGAACCCCAGCGCUCUGCAUCCCCACCUCUAGGCGCUGUAAUAAAAUACUUUUCACUUGAA